CGCCCUCACCUUAAGUGCCUCGCCUCUGAGCGGCGCUUCCACCUCAGCUCCAUCCACUUCCAGCGGCGCUUUCACCAUCCACCGUCCAGCCUCCGAUCUCUUUCUGAGAAGAGCCACGCACGCAUCUCGCCUCGAGAUUCUCGCGCCUGUGCCUCCAGUCUCCUCUCGACUGGACUGAUUCACCGUCGGCGUCAGCCGUUGCUCUCAGUCGUGCUUAUUCCACAGCCCUCAGUCCUCUCCGAGUCUCUGUGUCGCGCUUCCAGCCAUUCACAGUUGAACUUGAGUAAACUGUACAAGCUAUUUGAAUCCCAUCUUCAUAGUACUGAAGUACUUCUACGUUAUUCAUCUGCUCUUGUUCAAGGUGCUACAAACGUUUUCUGGAUUGACAUCCAAACAAACACUCGGCAUUUUCAAAGCCUCUUUCGGUAUCUCCUUGAGGAAGUUGCACUAGAGCCUAAGCGCUUGAAUAAAAUUCCAUUACAGGCACAACAAGAUCUGUUUCUUCUACUCUCAAGAUCCUUACUUUUUUACAACUUAGAUGACAAACUAGAAAUCUUCUUAAAGCACUUUCCUGUUUUUCCAAAUGCUUUCUUGGUUGGUGGUCCUGUGGAUUUCUUUGUGAUUGAACUUGCGGACCAGCUUCAAAAGUUGAAGGUGGAGCCAGUUCUAUUGCAUUACCUCUCUCAAAAUAAAAUUCUCCAAGUGAAAUAUCAGUUCAAAUUUGAAAAAUAUGGUGGUGUUGGUCUGCUGGAGACUUGAUUGAAAAAUAUCAGUUCAAAUCUUCUC